ACAACUUUGAAAAUCAAAUUUCGCAAUCUGGACGUAGCAGAAGGAAUAACAUCAGUUCAAUCAGUCCUCAGUUCCCAGUUAUCAGUCAUUCAGUCUCAGUCUCUCAGCAGAACACAACCUUAAUAGUGCAUCACUACCCAAAAAAAAUAUAUUUUUAAAACCUUAAUUCUACUUGAAUUUUUCUCCCCCCAUUUCCAUGGCCUCCUUGAAUGCAGAACCAAAUUGAAAAAGAAAGUAUUUUUCACUUUGAUCUUUCCUUUCUCGCUAGUGGGUUUUUCUGGGUUAUAUGUAUUUUUGAAAGUUUAGAUGGAAAAUUUAGCUGAGAAGAGCAAACAGAGAGAUGGGUCUUCAUCAGACUUGCACAUUGAUUCAACGUCUGAGUCCAAAAACAGCAGCACGUAUUCGAGUAAAUCGAGUUCUGAUGCAUCCACUUUUGAAGCCAAGGCGAGAGACUGUGCUUCUUCGCCGGUUCCUAAAGGUUGGCCUCUUCCCAAGCCUCCGCCCACCAAGAGUUUCAAAAUUGACGAAGACAAACUCCAAAUCAAGGACGAUGAGAAGAUCAAAUUAAGGAAAUUUGGUUCCAGAGUUUCAGAUUUAGAGAUGAUGAAAGAAAAAUUUGCAAAAUUGUUACUUGGUGAAGAUAUGUCUGGAAGUGGAAGAGGGGUGUGCCCAGCACUGGCCAUUUCAAACGCCUUAACUAACCUAUGCGCUACUGUAUUUGGGCAAUUGUGGAGGUUGGAACCUUUGCCUCCCGAAAAGAAGUUGAUGUGGCAAAAAGAGAUGGAAUGCCUACUUGCCGUGAGUGAUCACAUUGUGGAAUUAAUUCCUUCUGUCCAAAUACUUCCUGAUGGAACUAAACUUGAGGUCAUGACUAGCAGACCCCGAACUGAUAUACUCAUUAACCUCCCAGCACUGCGCAAACUUGACUAUCUGCUUCUAGAAAUACUAGACAGUUUUACCACCAGCACGGAGUUUUGGUAUGUUGAUCAGGAUGUAGAAACCCCAGAGGCAGAUGGAUCAGCCUCCUUUCGUCAAGUCAUUCAGAGACAAGAGGACAAGUGGUGGUUGCCUGUGCCCCGAGUCCACCCUAGUGGGCUUCUUGAUGAUACAAGGAAGAAGUUGAUUCACAAGCGUGAAUGUGCAGCUCAAGUUCUCAAAGCUGCCAUGGCUAUCAACAGCACAGCUUUAGCUGAAAUGGAAGUUCCAGAGUCAUACAUGGCAAAUCUUCCAAAGAAUGGGAGAUCCUGUCUCGGGGAUGUCAUUUAUCGUUACAUCACUUCAGAGCAGUUCUCUUCAGAGUGCUUACUCGAUUGCCUGGACCUGUCUUCCGAGUAUGUGGCCCUAGAUAUUGCCAACCGUGUUGAGGCAUCAAUCUAUGUGUGGCGCAGAAGAUUGCGUCCCAGGAACCAGAUUUAUCAUAGCCGCUCUACUUCAAAGUCCUCCUGGGAUAUGGUCAAGGAACUGAUGAUUGAUGGAGAUAAGCGAGAGUUGCUUGUGGAAAGAGCUGAAAAUCUUUUGCUCGGUUUAAAACAGCGGUUCCCUAGCCUUAGCCAAACUGCUUUAGAUGUUAGCAAGAUCCAGUACAAUAAGGAUGUUGGAAUGUCCAUUUUGGAGAGCUAUUCAAGAGUCUUGGAGAGCCUAGCCUUCAACAUAGUGGCACGCAUUGAUGAUCUACUAUACGUGGAUGACUUAACCGGGCAGUCUGAUAACUUGUCAUCAACUCCAAGAGUAAGUAGAAUUGCUCAAAGGAAGGCUGGAAACCCAUAUGCUGUGCCCGUCUCAGGCACUCCCUGUAGAACAGCCUUCACCACUCCCAACUUUUCACCUGCACCGCGAGCAAGCUCUCCAAGGGGGGAGAGAACUCCACUUAUCAGUAGCACCAAGCUUCCUCGUCGUGGUCUUGGAGUAAAGAGGGUAUUGACAAACUAUCUGGGUGGUGAGUUGAAGGUAAAGAACUGUAGCCUUCUUCUCGAAGGCUUAAGUUCUGUUUCAAACAAAACUUCAGAAGGGACUGUUUGCCGGAGCAGCCUAGAAGCUGCUGAGCAGCAGAAGGAGUUAUCUGCUUGGAAGUAGGAUGUGCCAAAUUGGUUUUCUUAUAGAUAGAAACAGAGAAAAACAAACAAAAGAAACUGUUGUUACAGAUGUGCAUUAAUUAGAAGAUUUUUCAUAGUAAAAACAUUCCGUACUCCGGCAAUCAUGUUAAAUUGAGCAUGGAAUACUUUAGCCUGUUGUUGGUUCUGCA